ACUCCACCUGUCUGUCUCCCUCCAGCUGUUCAUCUUCCGGGCGAUCAGAGUCGAGGCCGUGGACUUCACUCAGUGUGCGACUCACGGCAGCUUCAGCCGCCGCUGGCAGGAAACCGUGUACAACAUGUUCCACUUCACCACACUGUAUGUCGUCCCCCUGCUGGUGAUGAGCUGCUCCUACAGCCGCAUCCUGCUGCACAUCCACCUGCAGCACCUGAGAGACAAAGCAGGUGAGUCGUACCUGCGGCGCAGCGGCACCGACAUCAUCCCGAAAGCCCGGAUGAAGACUCUGAAGAUGACGGUGGUCAUCGUCUUGUCCUUCGUGGUGUGCUGGACUCCGUACUACCUGCUGGGGAUCUGGUACUGGUUCCAGCCCGACAUGCUGCGCGUCACACCUGAGUACGUGCACCACGGCCUCUUCGUGUUCGGGAACCUGAACACCUGCUGCGACCCGGUGAUCUACGGCUUCUACACACCGUCCUUCAGGGCCGACCUCGCCUCGUGCUGCCGUGGCACGAAGAGCGACGCUUCGCCGAGAUCUCCGGACCGACCGUCUGCCGGGCCGAGUCCUCGCAGCGCAGAGCAGAAGGCGGAGCCUGCCACCAACAACCAGGCAGGAGACUGCCACCGACCAAUCGGAGAGCAGGAGUUAAUGAUGAAAACCUGAACUGGAUCAGCUGAAGGUGGAUCAGGACUCUGAAAAAAUCACUUCCUGCAGCUUUGAAAGGACGAAAACGUUUUUAUUGUGAUUCUGUUGGAAAUAGUUCAAUUCAUCUAGUUUUACAGUCUCACACACACACACACACACACAC